AUGAAGCUCAUCAUAUCUGGAGCGACAGGAUUCGUUGCGACAGAACUGAUCCGACAAAGCCUGAGCGAGCGGAGCAUAACUUCCGUGGUUGCCUUGGCGCGUCGCCCUAUUACGGUGCCCGACAAUCUGGGCACCGAAGCAGACACGUCCAAGCUGAAGAGCGUUGUCCUUGAAGAUUUCGCGAAGUACCCGGAUGAUGUGAAGAAGCAGUUGGAGGGGGCAGAUGCUUGUAUUUGGACCCUCGCAAUCACCCCCGGCAAAUCCACAGGCAUCCCGUGGGACGAAGUCUAUCGUGUUUGCCACGAAUAUACGAUGGCUGGUCUCGAAGCAAUAUUCGAAGCCCGAGGCUCUGGGACCAAGUCCACGCCGUUCCGAUUCUUGUACAUGAGUGGCAUGGCUGCAGAACGUGACCAGACAAAAACACCCACGUUCAUGCCCAAAUAUUGCUUGAUGCGAGGCGAGACCGAGAAUCAAGUCCUGGCCUUCGCAUCUUCCCACGCAGGCGAGAUCGAGGCCACCGUCGCGAAACCAGGACUGAUCACGCAACCAGGGAGUAUCUUGCACUGGCUGAGAGCGACUAUGCUCUGGUUCAUGGUUUCGGUGCCCAGCGUAAGUGUCGUGGACAUCUCGGCCGCGAUGUUGGAUCAAGCAGUGAAUGGAUUUGAGAAGGAUCCAUUACAAAAUCAGGAUUUGAUCAGGAUUGGUCAACGCGUGCUAGGCGAGAAGAACAGCUGA